ACUUUUCAAAAAAAUGCACUCUGAUUUUACCCCCAAAAAAAUUCCGCAAGUCUGAAGGACCAUUUUCCAGAUUUUGCCUACUCUGAAAUCUCAAUUUCUGAAUGAAGGAAUACAGCGCGACGCUAAAGAAUCACGUGGUUAACUGCGUGGGAAAAGAAAGAAAGAAGAAGAAGAAAAAAAGAUUAGAAGAAGAAGAAGAAGAAGAAGAAGAAGAAGAAGAAGAAGAAGAAGAAGAAGAAGAAGAAGAAGAAGAAGAAGAAGAAGAAGAAGAAGAAGAAGAAGAAGAAGAAGAAGAAGAAGAAGAAGAAGAAGAAGAAGAAGAAGAAGAAGAAGAAGAAGAAGAAGAAGAAGAAGAAGAAGAAGAAGAAGAAGAAGAAGAAGAAGAAGAAGAAGAAGAAGAAGAAGAAGAAGAAGAAGAAGAAGAAGAAGAAGAAGAAGAAAGGGGGGGGGGGGGCACCGUGUUACCUCCAAUAAAUGCAACGACGUACCUCGACGGAUGCAGCUGUCGAAGAAAUAGGCAGCCGCGCGAUAGCAGGUCUGCGCAGAUCAAACCAGGGGGAAAAAAAAAAAACAAAAAAACAAAAAAACAAAAAAAAAACAAAACACAACAGAAACGAUGAGCUACGACGAGGCCUACGCCAUUAGAAA